CACCGCGUACAUCUCCUGUCGGGCAAAGGUAUGUUUGUUGAAUUUGUCCUAUUUUGUCCUUUCCAGCUUCAUUUCAGAUGGCCUACCCCAAAUCCCACAACCCAUUUGCAGAUGAUGAUGAGGAAGAUUUCAAGCCUAAAAGUAGAGGGGGCUUUGAUGAUGAUGAGGAUGACGACAGUGGGUUAAGUGAAGCUGAGAGAAGACAGAGGUACCUCCAGCAGGAAGUGAUGCGUACAGCGAAGUCUGCUGUAGACAGCAGUUACCGUUCAAUUGGCCUUAUCUAUGAAUCAGAGAAGAUGGGUGUGGAAACUGCAGAGGAGCUGAUGCGUCAGGGUGAGGUGCUGAAGAGGACAGACAAGAUGUUAGACAACAUGGAUCAGGACUUGAAGACCAGCCAGAGGCACAUUAACAGCAUCAAGAGUGUGUGGGGUGGCCUGGUCAAUUACUUCAAAGGAAAGCCAGAAACAAAACCACCUCCUGAAGAGCCCAAAUCCUAUCAGGCCAACAGCACAUUACAGACUGCCAUGUCCAGCAGCAGAGAACAAGAAGACAAGUACCAAGCGAGUCACCCCAACCUAAGAAAGCUGGAUACAGCAGGGUUUGGAGCUUCUGCAUCAGUAGAUAACAGUUCAUCGAGACACAAUGGCUACCCCCAGAACAGAUACCUAAAGGAAGCUCACCAGACCCUGGACAAUAACUUAGAUGAGAUGUCUGGCGGCCUUCAACGACUGAAGAACCUGGGAUUGGGUCUCCAGGCUGAAAUUGAUGACCAGGACGCUUCGAUUGAUUCGCUGCUGAAUAAAGUGGACAAGAUGGAUCUGAAGAUUCACACCACAAACCAACAGAUUAAAAACCUCAAAUAAGACAAGCAUUUGGACUCACUACACGGAGACUCAACAUGUUCUCACCUGGCUCUCCAUCCUGACACAAACUUGUCAUCUGUUUUUGUUUAUAUGCUGAUUAGAAUUUCUAACAGUCAGAUAAGCAUGUGAACACAAUUUCAUUCUUGUGUUUUGUCCCUAAAUUUAAAUUUCUCACUAAUUUUUCUGCAAGGGUUGUCCAUUUCAAAAUUGUGCAGAAAUCCUGUUUUCACAUUCUGUCAUGUUGGUAUGAAUUCCAUUGCAGCUAGUCUUACAUAUGCUUUUUUUGACAAUGUCCCACCUAAAGAUACCUGAGCUGGUUUCACCCUAAGACUUAGAUCUAACUAAUAGUCAGACUUCAGAUGCAUGUUCUGUGCAAGUUGUAUUAAUUGGUUUUGAAUUCUUGGUAAAUUAAGUCUUACUGUAAACAAGAAAAGGCCUGGUCAUGCCACUACUCCAAACUAUUUGCUUAGUUCACUGCAUCUCUAACUUUUACUUUGACACCAAAUUUUAUUUGUUACUGGAAAAUACAGCGUUUAAAACAAGUGAAGUCAUCUGGAAAAAAUCAUGACACUUCAAAAAAAAAAUCCACAAAUGAUAACCAACAGUUUCCUCAUAUUUUUUAAUCUUUCAGGCCUUUGUCAAGUUUAGGGUCAAAAGAAGUCAGACUUAAAUUUUGUGAAACUUGCUUUCAUCUAUUUAAUAACAAAAUUGAUGCUGGUACACCAUAGAGCAGUCUCUGAAACCAGUCCUCGUUCAUUUGUCUGUCCAGGUGCUAUGAUCCCAUGUGUGUAACACAUUUGCAGUUUAUAACCAGGUUCAAGCCAUUUUCUCCCUGAAGCUCCACUGCACAUCUGUCUGCCUGUGUGCAGUCUGGUACAUUUCUGUUGGUCUGAGUGAUCAGAUUAUCAUUUUGUUUUUGUUUUUUCAUGGCUAUAGAUGUAUAACUGGCCACUGGUUUGUUCACCACUCAGAUUUAGUAAAUGUAUAUGAUUCAUGGCUUUUGUCCUAAACUGGAAUUCUGUGUGUGUAUCAGCGCCAUAUCUGCUGCUGCAGGAGUUGCCACCAAACUCUUACAAGAACAUUUUGAAAGUGUGGCUUAAGUCACUUUUUGCCUUACAUAAAAAAUGUAUGUACAGUGGUGUAGCUCUAGGAUUGGUGCCACAACUCACACAUCAGUCUCCACUGAUGCACCUCUUUCACAUGAUAUGCUUCACUUGGAGGCCUUGGAAAUCUGUAUUUUAAAGUAUGUCAUUGCUCCUUUGUGUUUCCAUACCUUUUUAUUUUGAUACACAUUGUAUUGAAAGUUGUAGGAUGUUAUAAAAUGGAACUAUUGUACAACUUAAUGUGAACACAUUUUCUGUGAAACUGAAGGAAGGACCCCAGUGUAAUGACAGCUCCUGGGAUCUGUGGGAUUCAACUUAUCCUUCUCAAAAUAUUACCUUUUCCUUUUGCCAUGAAUAGAUAUUCUUGUCAUAUACCCAAUAAAAUCAUUUAUACGGAGAA